AGAACCUGCACUUGUGAAACCUGCACCUGCAAAACCCGUAGCGGCAAAACCUAAAGAAACAGUAUCUGAAGAAAAAUCAGCUGAAAGGGAAGAAGUUGAAGAGGAAGCAAAUGAAGAUGAAACAGCAGAAGGGUUAACAGUUGAAGAGGUAACAACUGAAGAGGUAGUAGCUGAAAUGCCAAGUACUAUGCAACAUGAAGAAGCCUUAGGAUCACAGCCAGUAGAGAGCGUUGAACAGGGUGUCCAUGCGAUAUCAUCUUAUACUACAGAGCCUGCAAGCAACGCACUUCCUCUAACAAUUGCGGAUUCCACUAAUACAUUAAGGACUACACAUGAAGAGUUAGACUCAAAUUUUUUUCGUAACGUCAUCAUGGCCAUUGCAGUACUUGGAACGAUUUUCUUUCUUUUCUACUACAACAGGUCUUCUCGAUUAGAAUCAAGUUUACGCAAAAAAAAACGGAAAAAGGGAAAGAUAUUUGAGCAUAAUUAUUACGAAGAGUAUGAAAAAGAGUUAGAAAUGUAUGGUUCUGAGGAAACAUUUUUAGAUUCUGAAACGGAUCGAUUAUAUUUGAAUUACCACCCUGAUCAAGACUCAUAUUAUUAAUUAUGUAUGGUGAAAACAUAUAUAAUAGUUAUUAUAAUAGGAAAUUUUAGUGAAACCUAUUUUGUAUUUAUUAUUAUUAGACAUAGUAAAACGAAAACGAUGAUAUAUAUAGAAAUUGUACUAGUUCUUAUGAAAUUUAAAAAUCAUCCAAAUGUUUUACCUAUCACGAGAAUAUUUGGAAGAUAUUAAAUUAUGGAAGUAAUACAAAUGUUUAAAAAAUUAUAUUAUUAAAUAAAAUAGUAUGUUUUUGAUUUAUGUAUUAUUUAAAUAUCAGCAAUAUUAUAGUGAUUAAAAAAAAAAUAUAAUGAAUAAUAUAAAAUAAAUAUAUGUCCAUUAUAUGUGAUACAAAUAUCAUUUAAUAAAAAAAUCUACAAGAA